AUGAGCAAAAUGGCGGCGUGCAUCUUUUGUAAGAUUGUCAAGGGUGACAUCCCGUCGUUCAAGCUCUUCGAGUCGGACAAGGUCCUGGCAUUUCUGGACAUUCAACCACUAAGCAAAGGACAUGCUCUCGUCAUCCCAAAAUACCACGGCGCGAAACUUACGGACAUCCCAGACGACCACCUCACCGAACUCCUCCCCGUGGUCAAGAAGCUCGCGAUAGCCAGCGGGGCUGAGAACUACAACGUGCUACAGAACAACGGGCGCCCGGCGCACCAAGAGGUCGACCAUGUGCACUUCCACAUGAUUCCGAAGCCGAACGAGACCGAGGGACUCGGAAUCGGGUGGCCGGCCACAGCGACAGAUAUGGACGCGUUGAAGAAGCUGCAUGCUGAUCUCAAAGCAAAGAUGUAG